AUGGUCCUACCAAGUCACCCGAACCCCGCAGCGCCGGUUUUCACCCAUUUCAAUCUCGCCGGGAAAACCGCUAUUGUUACGGGUGGAACCCGAGGCAUCGGCCUCGAAGCCGCUCGCGGUCUCGCUGAGGCCGGCGCUAAGGUCGCGAUCACUUACACAAGCACCCCGCCUGAGGAGGCGGACGCAACAGCCGCAGCGCUAUCGAAGUCCGGCAAUGGCGUGCUGGUAAAGGCGUACAAGUGCAAUGUCAAAGUGCGGGCUGAAGUAGAGGCCGUUAUCGAAGCCGCGGCGAAGGAAGUCGGCGAUGGAAAACUGGACAUCGUUGUUGCGAACGCCGGUAUCGCAGAUCACAUUCCUGCCAUUGACUACCCCGAAGAUAGAUUUAGGGAAAUGCUGGACGUCAACUUCCACGGUGCGUUCUGGACUGCACAAGCCGCGGCAAAGGUGUUUGAGAGACAGUUCAAGGCGGGCGGUGAUGGACGUGGCAGUAUCAUCUUCACGGCCUCCGUGUCGGCCAUUCUUGUUAAUGUGCCGCAAAAGCAGGCGGCUUACAACGCUAGCAAGGCGGGAGUUGUGCACCUUGCAAAAUCACUGUCCGUGGAGUGGGUUGACUUCGCACGGGUGAACUGCGUGUCCCCGGGUUUUAUCGCAACAGAUAUGCUCGCGGUACAUCCUGAAGAGUGGAGAAACAAAUGGUUCUCUAUGAUUCCUGGCGGCCGGCUAUGUGAGCCUGCUGAGCUGAAGGGCUCGUACGUCUACUUGGCUAGCGAUGCAAGCAGCUACAUGACCGGGGCCAACCUUGUGAUUGAUGGUGGUUACACGUUGCCGUAG